AUGGCUUCAUACUGUCGCACUGUCGUCCCUUCCGCUAUUCCCUCCAGCUCCUUCUCCCCAUUCCGCCUGGAUCCUCCUCUCUUCCCCCACAUCUGCUCCCCCGCUCUGCUCCCCACCCCUCCCCGCCCCCUCACCAUGGGGCGCAAGCGCGCAGCCUUUCCCCGUCCCCUCACCAUGGGGCGCAAGCGUGCAGCCCUCCCCCGCCUGCUCUCCCCCAGCACUUCCCCCUUGGGCUUUGGGGGCGGAGGGGAUGGCUCCAGCGCAACUCUCAAGAUAACUCCCGUUGGCCUCAUUGUCCCCCUCCCCUUCUUCCUCCCUUUUCCCCCUCCCCUUUUUCUUCCUUCCCCGUCCCCUGACCAUGGGCGCAAGCGCGCAGCCCUCCCCCGCCUGCUCUCCCCCAGCGGUUCCCCCUUGGGCUUUGGGGGCGGGGUGGAUGGCUCCAGCGCAACUCUCAAGAUAACCCCCCUUGGCCUCACAGCUCCCCUCCCUCCCCUGCUCCCCCUCCCUGUUCCCCCUCCCUGUUCCCGUCCUCUUUUCCCCUCCUUGAUCCCCCUCCCCUCUCCUACUUCCCUCUCCCCCCCUCCCCUUCCCCCCCCCCCCCCAGCCCCGUCCCCUGACAAUGGGGCGCAAGCGUGCAGCCCUCCCCCGCCUGCUCUCCCCCAGCUCCUCCCCCUUGGGCUUUGCAUGCGGUGGUCGUCUGCUGACGUGGCUGCCAGCCUGGCAGCGCGAGAGUCACUCACCCACCCUUGGUCCACCCAUCCGGCCCUCCCUUCCAAGGCUUCCUCCCCAUCCAGCCCUCCCUUCCAAGGCUUCCUCCCCUCUCUUUCCAUUGCAGCUGCUGCACUGCUGGGAUGGUGGAAGGCUCAUACAGAGCCAUGGUCCGUGCUUCAUUUCUUCGCUGAGAGGGAGGAAGGCGCAUCCUGGCAUGGUGGUAAAUCAACAAGGCAUGAUGGUAAGUGCUCUCUUCAUAUCGUCUUCCUUUCCUCCCUUCCCUCCGCCCACCCCCACUCUCGGCCCUCUCCACCCCUCCGUGCAGCUGCUGAGUCGCUGAGAGGGAGGAAGGCGCAUCCUGGCAUGGUGAUGAAUCAGCAAGGCAUGGUGCCCAAUACCACUGCUGCUGCAGGCAGUAGCAGCUCCCAAAAUCCAAGCAAAAAGGCUAAUAACGAGGACGGUGCAGCUAAUAACGAGGAUAGAGAUCCAGCCGGCGGUGCUGACGACGACGACGAGGAUGAUGAUGAGGCGGGCGGCGGGGGGCUGUCCAGCCGGCGGAAGGAAGGUGCGCGGAAGCUUCAGCAGUGGAGGGAGUUUUUCGGAGGGGUGGUGCUCGUGCUGCAUUUUUCCAGAUGGGAUGGGGAGAUGAGUGUUGGGGGCGAGGAGAUGUAUGUAUGUGUGUGUAACGCCAGUGAGUGUAAUGCCAUGCGGGCAUGGCAGACGCUGGAGUUCUGGCGCCACGUGUACGGCCGCGUCUUUGACAAUAUGGUGACAGUGUCAACAGAAGCAAUCCCGGAGCUGGGGGUCAUUGCGGCCACACCCUCCCCAGCUGCCAACACCGAUGCCUCUCUCUCCUACACGGCGCUCCCCACCAUCAUGGAGCAACACGCCUCAGCCUCGGGCUUCCUCUGGCUGGACGACGAUGCAGUCUUGAACUACUGGGCCCUGGCUGAUGCCCCUCUUGAUAAGAACAAAAUCUGGUACCUAAACUCUUCCAACCCAAGCCAUCUCCUCACCCUCCCCCUCGACCAGCCGCCCUCCGCACCCAUCCGCACCGCACUGGACCCCGCGGAUCUCCCCACACACAUCUCCACAUCGCUCUCGCACCUCUCUGAAUCCCUCCGAGCCCAGCUGGACCGCUCUCUUUGGCCGCGCCACCUCUCCUUCCCCCUCGCCGCCUCCACCUCGUCGGCCUUCUUCAUCCCACAAAGGCUGGUCGACUCUGCUGCUCUGCACGUCAUCCCUGUAUUCGCUGCCGAGGCCAUACCUGCACAGGUCGCCUUCCCCUCGUCGGCCGUCUUAAUCCCACAAAGGCUGGUCGACUCUGCUGCUCUGCACGUCAUCCCUGCAUUCGCUGCCGAGGCAAGGCAGUACCCGCACAGGCGUGUGCUUGAGUGCGUGCUCUCGUGGGUGAAGCAGACACACUCUGCUGCUCUGCACGUCAUCCCCGUGUUUGCCUUUAUAGCCAUACCCGCACAGGUGGCCAUUCCCCUUAUCCUCUUCACACUCAAACAUCCAAAUCAGUGCAUUUCCCCAACCGUGCCCCUCACCACACCCCUGCUCUCCCCACACCCCUGCUCUCCCCACACCCCUGCUCUCCCCACACCCCUGCUCUCCCCACACCCCUGCUCUCCCCUCCUCCCUCAGGUGGCCACUCCCCUUAUCCUCUUCACACUCCAACAUCCAAAACAGUAUGACCCUCGAGAAACGAUGGACUCAACUAUUGUCGCAUCCCUCCUCCCGCCUUGUGGCCCCCCGCACCCCCUAUUUCCUCCUCCCUAUCCCCUUGCGGGGGAGCAGAGUCCACAAGGCGGGAGAAUAGGUCAUUCCUCUUAUCGUCUUCACACUGGAGCAUCCAAAACUGUGCACUCCUCCAACCAAGUACGCACUCAUUGUCCCCUGGUCACUUCCCCUGUCCCCCGUGCCCCUCUGUGCACUCCCGCUCUUCCCUCUCUGCGCACUCCCGCUCUCUCCUCUGCAAUCUCCCGCUCUCCCUCCUCCCUCAGGUGGCCAUUCCUCUCAUUCUCUUCACACUCGAACAUCCAAAACUGUACGACCGUCGCGGUUUCACCGAUGCGCGAGUUAUAA